AUGGAUCCCACAAUGAACAAGCUCCUCAAAUGGAGCGUCACCAACUCCGAACAAAAAAACGCCGACGGCACCGUGACAGCCCCUCCCAGCGCCGAAGAAGCCUCUCGCACCCUGACACCGGACAUGAUCAACGCGCUCAUGGGCGGUCCCUCGGAUGCAGACUUAAUGAAAGCCGCCAUGGAAGUACUCCACUCUGACGAGUCCGAUUUGGAGAACAAGAUGAUCGCCUUUGACAACUUUGAGCAACUCAUCGAGGGAAUCGACAAUGCGAAUAACCUCGAGCCGUUGGGCUUGUGGACGCCCCUGGUGCAGUUGUUGAAGCACGAGGAGGCGGAUAUGCGUCGGAUGGCGGCUUGGUGUAUUGGGACGGCGGUGCAGAAUAAUGAGAAGGCUCAGGAUAGGUUUGUCGUUUUGAACGGUAUUCCUGCCCUGGUCUCUAUGGCCACGGCCGAUCCUAACCCCGCUGCGCGCAAGAAGUCUAUUUAUGCGCUUUCGUCGGCGGUGCGCAAUUACCAGCCUGCUAUGAAUGAACUGGUCAAGGUCCUUCCUGAGGGAUAUCCUACCGAUAAGAGUGAUGCUGGUGACAUGGAGGUUGUUGAUGCUAUUAUGGACAAGCUCCGUGCCCACCCUGUCGACUCGGCGUGA